CUCGGACUGACAAGACUAUAUAAACAGUUUAAUACCUGCCAGCACUUACCACAACCCAUCCUUCUUCACCUCACAAUGGCUACUCACGCUCUCGUCUCUCAAUAUGUUCAGGACGUCAAGGAGUUAGACUCCUACCUCACAGGAUCUCCCAUUACCAUCACUGGGUCUUCCUUAUCCCUCGCUCAAAUUGCUGCUAUCGCGCUCUACCCACCUUCAUCUGGUUCCAGUAAUCCAGUUAAGAUUCAACUUACUGAUGAUCAACAUGUCAAAGCAAAAGUAUCUGCUUCCCGUGCUGUCAUUGAAAGUAAGGUCGCAGCAGGCAUCAGUGUCUAUGGUGUUAGUACUGGUUUUGGUGGCAGCGCGGACACAAGGACAGAUGACCCUAUUGCACUCGGCGCUGCUCUCCUCCAACACCAACAUGCUGGCGUGAUUCUCCCUACUUACGCACCGAGUUCCUCUACUGCUAUCCCCACCCUCUCUACUUUCGAUAGCAACGCUUUUCCUUCUCCCGCACCGCUCUCUGAUCCAUUCACCAGCACUACAAUGCCACCCCCUUGGACACGUGCUGCUCUCCUUGUUCGCGCUAACAGUCUCAUGCGCGGACACAGCGGUAUCCGUUGGGAACUUGUCCAGAAAAUGGCAGAGCUCCUUACUAAAGGUGUUACCCCAGUCGUUCCUUUAAGAGGCAGCGUCAGUGCCAGUGGAGACCUAUCUUCUCUUUCCUAUAUUGCUGGAACACUCAUUGGAAACCCCGCUAUCAGGGCUUGGGUUCCCUUGCCCUCCCCCUCUUCAGCUAUAUCCAGCACUUCCUCAACCCCCUUGUCAACCGAAACAUCUUCGUCAGACUCUUCACCUGAUUUGUCUCCCUUCUCCGCGAAUAUCCCCCUCCCACCUUCAAGCGAUACCCUUAACCUACCCAUAGAUACUCUCAAAGUGGACAACUAUGGAACAUACGCCCUCCUUCCUGCCCCACAGGCCUUGCAGAUCGCCGGCAUCACCCCCCUCCCGCUCUCGAGCAAGGAACACUUGGGGAUCCUGAAUGGCACGGCAUUUAGUGCAGCUGUGGGUGCAUUGGUUGUGAGAGGCGCACGGGGAGUGAGCGUGUUGGGUGCCGUUCUAACAGCCAUGUCCGUUGAAGCGAUGCUCGGUGCAAAGGGCAGCUUUGAUCCCUUCGUCAGUGAAGCAAGGCCUCACAUUGGACAGAUUCAUUCCGCGCAUCUCAUGCACACUUUGCUCGCCGGAUCUUCCUUUGCAAGUGAACAUGAGGUAGAAGUCAAGAUCGACGAUGAUGAUGGGGUGUUGAGGCAGGAUCGUUACUCUCUCCGUACAGCCCCCCAAUGGCUCGGUCCUCAAUUUGAGGACCUUGCAAAUGCAGCACAAGUAGUCACGACCGAGGUCAACUCCACCACCGAUAAUCCGCUCAUCGAGCCUCCUUCUGCGUCGAACAACCAGACCGGACAAGUUCACCACGCAGGCAACUUCCAAGCGCUCGCAGUGACAAACGCGAUGGACCAUGUCCGUCUCAGCCUCGCGCACAUCGGGAAGCUGAUGUUCGUGCAGCUUACGGAGAUUGUGAACCCAGCAAUGAACCGGGGCUUGUUCCCAAAUUUGGCGGGUGGUGAGGUCGGAUUGGAUUUCGGGUUCAAGGGUGUUGAUAUUGCUGCUGCGUCAUAUGUGGGCGAGUUGAAUGUGCUUGGUGGAAUGAACGUGGGCGUAGGCAAUGUUAGUGCUGAGAUGCACAAUCAGAGCGUAAAUUCACUCGCGCUUAUCUCAGCACGGUACACCCUCAAUGCACUCGAUGUGACUACUCUCCUUGCCGCCUCACACCUUCUCGUGAUAUGCCAGGCGCUCGAUCUCCGCGCACUCAACGAGGAAUUGCGCGAGGCGCUCCCAGGACUCCUCCGCUCAGCUCUCCUCGAGACCUUCCCUUCGCUCACUGAUAUUACCACAAGUACCUCGCUCGUGGCAGCUAUCAUUCCAGCGCUCAGAGAGACGCUCGAUCGCACGACAACGCUCGAGACAAGCGUACGGAUGUACAAGGUUGCAAGCGCAUGCGUGGUACCGCUCGUGACGGCCCUCUCAACCUCUCCAGUACAAGGUGCAGAGCUGGGCGCACUUCCGGUGUUCAUUGCAUCCGUUGCCGCAGGGCUAGUGAACAAACUGACGGAGUUGCGGUGCGCAUAUCUGGGCGUACAGCCGUUCGCGGUGCGCGGCGCAAGCCCUAGUGUUGAGAAGACAGAGGUAGCGUGGCGCGGUCCCACCCCAGCAAGCAAGUACCUCGCGCCACGGACGCGUGCACUCUACGAGUUUGUGAGGGUGACACUGGGCGUGCGAAUGUACGGGGCUGGGAAUCUCAGGGGGGAUGUGUUUGGAAUGCGGGAUGGCCUAGAGGGUGCGGAUGGGACGAUUGGGAAUGGAAUUUCAGUCAUUUGUGAGGCGAUUAGGGAUGGACGGAUCGGACGGGUUGUGGUGGGGAUGCUUGAGGGCAUUGAAGGUUUGUAAAGAGCUUUCGCAGUCCUUCCGCGAAGACCGUCUUACAGGCUCCACGUACUCAUAGUCCGAGCCGAUUCGGAGAGGCGGUCGAUGCCUAUAGUAUCGUCAUCCUCCUACUUUUAUUUUCACGGGCAUAUGUCCCUCAUUCCCUUGCAUGCAUACAUACUAGCUUCUGCGCAAUUCUUCUCUACAUUGUUCAAAGAUUCCCCAUCUAAAUCACGUAUAACAGGUCUCUCGGAUAGAUUUAUGAUACUACGUGUUUAAUAGAGUUUAUUGGCGUGUUAA